AUGCGUCCAGAAAUCGAACAAGAGCUGUCGCAUAUUUUGCUGACUGAGCUUUUGGCCUACCAAUUUGCGUCUCCAGUGAGAUGGAUUGAAACCCAAGAUGUUUUCCUCAAGGAUUUCAACACAGAAAGAGUUGUGGAGAUUGGACCCUCGCCCACCCUUGCCGGAAUGGCCUCUAGAACCAUUAAGGCCAAGUACGAGUCUUACGAUGCUGCCCUUUCUUUGCAAAGACAGGUCCUGUGUUACUCCAAGGACACCAAGGAGAUCUAUUACACUCCAGACCCUGUUGAUAUUGCUCCACCGGCUGCUGAGUCAUCCGAGGCCCCAGCUCCAGUUGCAGCUGCCGCUUCUGCUCCGGUCGCGGCUGUCGCUGCUGCUCCAGCUCCAGCUCCAGCUGGCCCAGUAGCUGAAAUUCCCGACGAGCCGGUCAAGGCGUCGCUUUUGUUGCACGUUUUGGUUGCGCAGAAGCUCAAGAAGCCACUUGACGGUGUGUCGAUGUCCAAGGCCAUCAAGGACCUGGUCGGUGGUAAGUCCACAGUCCAGAACGAAAUUCUCGGUGACUUGGGUAAAGAAUUCGGCUCCACCCCAGAGAAACCAGAAGACACUCCUCUUUCUGAGCUCGCAGACCAAUUCCAGGAGACCUUUGCCGGCUCUUUGGGUAAGCAAUCUUCUUCUUUGAUUGCUAGAUUGAUGUCUUCCAAGAUGCCUGGUGGAUUUUCCGUCACCACUGGUAGAAAGUACUUGCAAUCGCAGUGGGGCCUGGGUGCCGGAAGACAGGAUGGUGUCCUAUUGGUCGCCUUAACGAUGGAGCCAGCUGCUCGUCUUGGUAGUGAGCCUGAAGCGAAGGCUUUCCUCGACAGUUGUGCUCAGAAAUACGCUUCUAUUGCUGGUAUUUCCCUCACUCAGGUUUCCGCAGGAGGUUCUGCUGGUGGUGCUGGUGGUGCUGUGGUUGAUUCUGCUGCCUUGGAGGAGAUCACCAAGGAGAACAAGCAGAUGGCUCGUCAGCAGCUCGAGGUUUUGGCCAGAUACCUCAACUUGGACCUCAAGAAGGGUGACAAGUCUCUUAUAAAGGAGAAAGAGGCCUCUCAGGUCUUGCAGGCAGAGUUGGAUCUCUGGGCUGAAGAGCAUGGUGAGUUCUAUGCUUCUGGAAUCAAGCCAGUCUUCUCUCCUCUGAAGGCCAGAACUUAUGAUUCGUACUGGAAUUGGGCUCGUCAGGAUGCCCUUUCUAUGUACUACGAUAUCAUUUUUGGAAAGCUUACCAGUGUUGAUCGUGAAACUGUUUCUCAAUGUAUCCAAAUCAUGAAUCGUGCCAGUCCAACCUUGCUGAAGUUCAUGCAAUACCACAUUGAUCACACUCCUCAAGCCAAGGGUGAGACCUAUGAAUUGGCCAAGAAGCUGGGUCAGCAGCUGAUUGACAACUGCCACCAGGUUCUCCACUCAGAUCCCGUUUACAAGGAUAUCUCGUACCCAACCGGACCAAAGACAACUGUCGAUGCUAAGGGCAACAUCGUCUAUGACGAGAUCAACAGACCCGCUAUCAGAAAGCUGGAACAGUAUGUUCACGAGAUGGCUGUUGGAUGUGAUUUGACCAGAGUGCCUCAGCCAACGAUUCAGGAUGAUCUGGCCAGAAUCUACAAGGCCAUCACCAAACAGGCUUCUGUGGAGACCAAAUUAGAGUUCAAAAAGCUGUACUCUGAGCUUUUGGAGUUUGUCGAUAAGUCCAAGGAGAUUGAGGUUUCUAAGUCUGCUAAGGCUGUUUUGGGCGAGGACUCUCAAUCUGUUUCCUCCGAAGAAGAUGAUGAGAUUGCUUCGUUACCAACUACUUCUUCUAUCAUUGAGCCAGUUUCCUCCAUCAUCCCUCCGGAAACCAUUCCAUUCUUGCACAUGAAGAAGAAGACCAAGAUGGGUGACUGGGUCUACGACAGAUCCAGUACUGCUCAGUUCUUGGACGGCCUUGAAAGAGGUGCAGUCAACGGUAUCUCGUUUAAGAACAAGUAUGUCCUUUUGACUGGAGCUGGUGCUGGUUCCAUCGGUGCUGAAGUCUUGCAAGGUCUGAUUUCGGGAGGUGCUAAGGUCAUUGUCACCACAUCGAGAUAUUCCAAGCAAGUCACUGAAUACUACCAGUCGAUGUACUCCCGUUAUGGUGCUGCUGGCUCGACCGUCAUUGUGGUUCCUUUCAACCAGGGUUCCAAGCAAGACGUUGAAGCAUUGAUUAAGUUCAUUUACGACGAUGUCAAGCAGGGUGGUCUUGGCUGGGAUUUGGAUGCCAUCAUCCCAUUUGCUGCUAUUCCAGAGCAAGGCAUCGAACUUGAUGGAAUUGGUUCUAAGUCUGAAUUAGCUCACAGAAUCAUGCUCACCAACUUGAUGCGCCUUCUCGGUGAGGUCAAGAAGCAAAAGGUUGCCAGAGACAUCAACACCCGUCCAGCCCAGGUUGUCUUGCCUCUUUCGCCAAACCACGGAACCUUCGGUUCCGACGGUUUGUACUCAGAGUCCAAGCUCGGUCUUGAAACUUUGUUCAACAGAUGGUUUUCCGAAUCGUGGGGUCAACAGCUCACCAUUUGCGGUGCCAUUAUUGGCUGGACCAGAGGUACUGGUCUGAUGUCUGCUAACAACAUCAUUGCUCAAGGCAUUGAGUCUUUGGGUGUUCGUACUUUCUCCCAGAAGGAGAUGGCCUUCAACAUCCUGGGUCUUUUGACCAACGAAGUCACUCAAAUGUGUCAAGAUGCUCCUGUUAUGGCUGAUCUCAAUGGUGGCCUUCAUUUCAUUGAGAACUUGCGUGAAUUCACCAGCAAGUUGAGAACCGAUCUCUACGAGACCUCAGAUGUCAGAAGGGCUGUUUCACUUGAGUCUUCGAUGGACUUCAAGGUUGUCAACGGUGAACAAUCUGACUCCCCAUACACCAAGGCUCAAAUCCAGCCAAGAGCUAACAUGCAAUUUGAUUUCCCAGAACUCAAACCUUACAAGGAUGUCAAGGCUGCCUCUCCUGAGUUGGAAGGCCUGUUGGACUUGGAGAGAGUCAUUGUGGUUACCGGUUUCUCCGAAGUUGGUCCUUGGGGUAACUCUAGAACCAGAUGGGAGAUGGAAGCACACGGAGAGUUCUCCCUUGAGGGUUGUCUUGAGAUGGCCUGGAUCAUGGGUUACAUCAAGUACCAUAAUGGUAACUUGAAGGGUAAGCCUUACACCGGAUGGGUCGAUGCCAAGACUGGCACUCCAGUUGACGAUAAGGACAUCAAGGCCAAGUAUGAGGAGGAGAUCCUGGCUCACUCUGGUAUCAGAUUGAUUGAGCCUGAGCUUUUCAAUGGAUACGAUCCAAAUAAGAAGGAGCUCAUCCAAGAGGUUGUGAUCCAACACGAUUUGGAGUCAUUUGAAACCGACAAGACAACUGCAGAAUCGUACAAAUACAAGCACGGUGAAUUUGUUGAAGUUUUUGAGGUUGAAGGAUCCGAGGAGUAUUCCGUCAGGUUCUUGAAGGGUGCCAAAUUGUACGUUCCAAAAGCCUUGCGCUUUGACCGUCUCGUUGCUGGUCAAAUCCCAACCGGUUGGGACGCCAAACGUUACGGUAUUGCUGAUGAUGUUAUCUCGCAAGUUGAUCCAAUCACUCUGUUUGUUUUGGUUUCCACCGUGGAAGCUCUGCUUUCUGCUGGUGUGACUGACCCGUACGAGUUCUACAAGUACGUGCAUGUUUCUGAGGUCGGUAACUGUUCUGGUUCCGGUAUGGGAGGUGUUACCGCUUUGCGUGGAAUGUUCAAGCACCGUUACCAGGACCAACCUGUUCAGAACGAUAUCCUCCAAGAAUCGUUCAUCAACACCAUGGCUGCGUGGGUUAACAUGUUGUUGUUGUCCUCAUCUGGUCCAAUCAAGACGCCAGUUGGAGCCUGUGCCACUGCCAUUGAGUCUGUUGAUUCUGGUGUGGAGACUAUUUUGUCUGGUAAGGCCAAGAUCUGUAUUGUAGGUGGAUACGACGAUUUCCAAGAGGAGGGUUCCUACGAAUUCGCCAACAUGAACGCCACCUCCAACGCUGUUGAUGAGUUUGCGCACGGAAGAACUCCAUCUGAGAUGUCCCGUCCUGCUACCACCUCGCGUAAUGGUUUCAUGGAAGCCCAAGGUUCUGGUAUUCAAGUCAUCAUGACUGCUGAUCUUGCCCUGAAGAUGGGUGUUCCAAUCUACGCAAUCGUUGCCAUGACCGCAACUGCUACCGACAAGAUUGGUCGUUCUGUUCCAGCUCCUGGUAAGGGUAUUUUGACCACUGCUCGUGAGCACCAUGGCGAUCUCAAGUACGCAAACCGUACCUCUGACAUUAAGUACCGUUCCAGACAGUUGCGUAUCCGUCAAAAACAGAUCUCGCAAUGGACUGAGUCCGAACUUGAGUAUCUUAAGGAAGAAGCUGCUUCUUUGAAGGCUACCGACAAAGCUUUCUCUGAGUCGACUUUCUUUGCUGAGCGCUCGGAGCAGAUCCAGAGAGAAGCCACUAAGCAGCUCAAGGAUGCUCAAAGACAAUGGGGUAACGAGUUCUGGAAGAACGAUCCAACCAUGGCUCCUUUGCGUGGAGCUCUUGCGACUUUCAACCUGACAAUUGAUGACCUGGGAGUUGCCUCGUUCCACGGAACUUCCACCAAGGCCAACGACAAGAAUGAAUCUGCUACUGUAGACAAGAUGAUGAGACACUUGGGCCGUACCGAGGGAAACCCUGUCUUUGGUGUCUUCCAGAAGUUCUUGACUGGUCAUCCAAAGGGUGCUGCUGGUGCCUGGAUGUUGAACGGAGCUAUCCAAAUCUUGCAAACUGGUUUGGUUCCUGGUAACAGAAACGCUGAUAACGUUGACAAGAUUCUUGAGGACUUCGAGUACGUCUUGUUCCCAUCCAGAAGUAUCCAGACCGAUGGAAUUAAGGCUGUUUCUGUGACCUCCUUUGGUUUCGGCCAGAAGGGUGGUCAGGCCAUUGUCGUUCACCCAGACUAUCUGUAUGCUGCCUUGAGCGAGCACGAAUACUCUGCUUAUGCCGCCAAGGUCAACCAGAGAUACAAGCGUUCUUACAGAUACAUGCACAACGCUAUCAUCAGAAACACUAUGUUUGUGGCCAAGGAUAAGGCUCCAUACUCAGACGAAUUGGAGCAGCCAGUCUACUUGGAUCCAUUGGCACGUGUUGAGGCCGGACGCGAUUCCAAGUUGGUCUUCUCUAACAAGGGUGUUCAGAAAUCGAGCACUUAUGUCAGUGAAACCGCGACUGCCACUGCCAAGGCGUUGUCAGAGGUUGAGUCCAGCGAGAAAGGUGUUGGUGUUGAUGUUGAGCUGAUUUCUUCGAUCAACCUCUCCAAUGCCACUUUCGUCGAGCGUAACUUCACUGCUGGUGAGGUUGCCUAUUGUGAAAACGCUCCUUCUCCAGCUUCCUCUUUCACUGGAACUUGGUCUGCAAAGGAGGCCGUUUUCAAGGCUCUGCAAGUGGAAAGCAACGGCGCAGGUGCCCCAUUGAAGGAUAUCGAGAUUGUCCGCGAUGCCAAAGGAGCCCCUCAGGUUGUCUUGGGUGGAGCUGCCAAGGUUGCUGCCGACAAGGCUGGUGUCAAGUCCGUGAAGGUUUCGAUCUCGCAUAAUGAUGUUCAAGCCGUUGCAGUUGCGAUCAGCCAGUUCUGA